AUGCGCGCCUUUCAUCCUGCCGUUGGGUGCCUCCAGCGUGCCGCCACCACAAGAUUGCGCCUUGUGCGCCACGGCGCGCAUCGACCGCUCGCGACAACCUUUGCGCGACACCUCGCAUCCGUCACCGCAGAUGCCGCCUCAGAAAAGAACCAGUCUCUUGCCCUCCCAUCCACUGCUCGGUAUAACGAAAUCGGUGUCCAGCAGCUUAGCACGUAUGUGUUUGAUCAACUAUUUCCCAACGGCGCCACCCCCCCUCCUCAAGAGCUUGUCAAUCUAUCUAAAGACCAUCUCAAACGCCAUGAUCUGCUCGGCAAGAACACCGACGACGCGCCUCCUAUCGCAUUCGACCUCCCCGCACUCCAAGGUCGCACUCUCGACGAGCACUUCCAUAAGCUAGGCGUCGACUGCGCCGGGCCAUACCUCAGCCUGGCUAAGCAGUUCUCGCGCGCCAAUCCACCUCCAAAGCCUCGAAAAUGGAUUCGCCGCAGUGGUUGGACCAAGUACUACCCCGAUGGCCGCACCGAGCAGGUCGACGCCCCCGACGAGUCGGCCCUGUGUUUCGAUACCGAGGUCAUGUGGAAGGAGAGCCCGUAUGCCGUCAUGGCCUGCGCUGUAGGCCCUACGGCUUGGUAUGCCUGGCUCUCGCCGUGGCUGCUGGGUGAGACCGAGAACGACAAGCACCUCAUUCCCCUUGGCGAUCCCACCAAGGAGCGGCUCAUUGUCGGCCACAACGUCGGCUUUGAUCGCGCCCGCAUCCUCGAAGAGUAUGACAUCAAGCAAACCAGAAAUUACUUCAUGGAUACAAUGUCACUACACGUCGCUGUCAAUGGCAUGUGCUCACAGCAGCGUCCCACUUGGAUGAGGCACAAGAAGAACCGGGAGCUUCGCGAGCGAGUCGCCAGCCAGACGCCCGACAAUGAGCUGGCUGAACUGUUGAGCAACAGAGGCAUGCAUGAAGAGGAAGAGCUCUGGGUCGAACGCAGCUCGGUCAACUCUCUGCGAGAUGUAGCCAAGUUUCAUCUCAACGUCACCAUCGACAAGGCUGUCCGCGACGAUUUUGGCGAAUUAAACAAGUCGGAGAUACUUGCCAAACUCGACCCUCUCCUCGACUACUGCGCCGCCGACGUCGCCAUCACUCACCGCGUCUACCAAAUAGUCUUGCCCAACUUUUUAGACACAUGCCCACACCCCGUCAGCUUCGCCGCUCUCCGCCACCUAUCCUCCGUUAUCCUCCCCGUCAACAAGUCCUGGGACGCAUACAUUUCCAACACCGAAGCCACCUAUCACAAACUCUCCGACGCUGUUCAAGAGCGACUCGUUGCCUUGACGGACAAGGCUCUCGAAAUCAAAGACGACCCUGAAAAAUGGCAAAACGACCCGUGGAUGAAGCAGCUCGACUGGUCCGGCCAGGAAAUUCGCAUGGUCAAGGGCAAGAAGAAGGGCGAUCCGCCCAGGCCGGCUGCGCGACAAAAAAAGCCGGGCUGUCCACAAUGGUACAAGGAUCUGUUUCAAAAGAAUGACGCCCCCAUCAGCAUUACAGUACGCACACGAAUCGCCCCAUUGCUACUACGAAUGGCCUGGGAUGGCAAUCCUCUCUUUUGGUCCGACAAGUACGGCUGGACGUUCCGGACGGACCGUUCCAACUCGGCAAAGUACACGGGCAAGCAAAUGAUACAAUGCCAGCUUGAAGAGGCCGAUGCCAAGCUGCGCGACGACAGGCAGCACGUCUACUUCAAGCUUCCACACAAGGACGGCCCAACCGCCCGCUGCGCAAACCCCAUGGCCAAGGGCUACCUGACCUACUUUGAGAACGGCACGCUAUCAUCAGAGUACUCGUACGCCAAGGAGGCUCUCGAUAUGAACGCCUCGUGCUCGUACUGGAUCAGUGCGCGCGAUAGAAUCAUGUCGCAGAUGGUUGUCCGCAACCAAGACUUGCCCAACCCUGACAAGUCGGCCAACCCCGCAGACGGCCUUGGUUUUAUCCUACCACAAAUCAUCCCCAUGGGUACCAUUACAAGACGAGCCGUGGAAAACACGUGGCUCACUGCCAGCAAUGCCAAGAAGAACCGUGUUGGCUCGGAGCUCAAGGCCAUGGUGAGAGCCCCCGAAGGCUACAGCUUUGUCGGUGCCGAUGUCGACUCGCAGGAGCUGUGGAUUGCAAGCCUCAUCGGCGACGCGACCUUCAAGCUUCACGGUGGCAACGCUGUCGGGUUCAUGACGCUGGAAGGCACCAAGUCGGCCGGGACAGACCUACACUCGCGCACGGCGUCGAUCCUAGGCAUCACGCGAAACGAUGCCAAGGUCUUCAACUACGGGCGCAUCUACGGGGCGGGCCUCAAAUUCGCCGCGACUCUCCUCCGGCAGUUCAACCCCGAGCUGUCGGAGAAGCAGACGCUGGAGACUGCGUCGAAGCUGUACGCCAACACCAAGGGCACCAAGACAAGCCGACGGACGAUAUACAAGCGGCCGUUCUGGCGGGGCGGGACCGAGUCGUUUGUUUUCAACAAGCUGGAAGAGUUUGCGGAGCAGGAGCGGCCGCGGACGCCGGUGCUCGGAGCGGGCAUCACGGAGGCGUUGAUGGGCCGGUUCAUCAACAAGGGGGGGUACCUGACGUCGCGGAUCAACUGGGCGAUCCAGUCGUCGGGGGUGGACUACCUGCACCUGCUGAUCGUGUCGAUGGACUACCUGGCCCGACGGUUCAACAUUGACGCGCGGCUGGCGAUGACGGUGCACGACGAGAUCCGGUACCUGGUGCGGAAGGAGGACCGGUACCGGGCGGCGAUGGCGCUGCAGGUGGCCAACGUGUGGACGCGGGCGCUGUUCGCGCAGCAGGUGGGCAUCGACGACCUGCCGCAGUCGUGCGCGUACUUUUCGGCCGUCGACGUCGACCACGUGCUGCGCAAGGAGGUGGACAUGGAGUGCGUGACGCCGAGCCACCCGACGGCGAUCCCGCCGGGCGAGAGCCUGGACAUGGCGGCGCUGCUGGCCAAGGGCGCGGGCGCCGCGGGGCUGGACGGGCGGGCGCCGCGGCUGGAGGGCAUCGCGUACGAGCCCCGGGUGCCGGUGAUGCAGGCGAUCGAGGAGGCUGCGAGUGGUGGCGGGGUGUCGUUGAUCAAGGCGCAGAUCGCGGACGACGAGGCGGAGCUGCGCGACAUCAUCAAGGACAUGCGCAAGGAGGAGCCGCCGCGGGAGAAGGCGAUGAGCAAGCGCGCGCUCAAGUCGGCGCUGCCGUACCGGGCGCACCCGCAGCUGGUGCCGAUGGACGAGCCCAUCUCGGUGGCCGAGGCGAUGGGCAGCGGCGGUUCGUUUCGCGGCGCCAAGGGCAAGUGGACGUGGGCGAAGAGCUCGACCAAGGGCUUACGGCCAACAAGCUCGAGGGUGUAA